GGGAACCGGAGCUGCGUCCAGGUGCUGGACCUAGAAAUAGGAACCUGGGAGAGUCCUGAAGUGAGUGGUGUGCAGCCACUGCCUAGGACAUUUCACACCUCCUCAGCAGCUGUAGGAGACUGUCUGUAUGUGUUUGGAGGAGGCGAUAAAGGAGCAGAACCGGUCAAAGACCAGCGGCUUCACGUGUUUGACACAGCCACCUUGACGUGGUCCCAGCCAGAUACUCAUGGUGAUCCCCCUUGUCCUCGGCACGGACAUGUCGUGGUUGCAGCUGGGACCAAACUCUUCAUACAUGGAGGUUUAGCUGGUGAUAUUUUUUACAAUGAUCUGUUCUGCAUUGAUAUAAAUGACAUGAGGUGGGUUAAGAUACCAGCCACUGGUGAUGUCCCGGGUGGACGGGCAUCCCACUCAUCAGCUGUGUUUAAAGACCACUUGUACAUCUUUGGUGGAAUCAGUACAGAUGGGACGCUAGAUACUACAUACAAGUAUCACAUAGAGAAGCAGCAGUGGACACUCCUACAAUUUGAUUCCCCUCUGCCUGCUGGGAGGCUGGACCAUGCCAUGUGUGUCAUUCCCUGGUGGGCUGGAAAGAAUGGAGAUGUGGGAGCUGUCACCUGGCAAGACAAAGCUGGGAAAGAGGUGACUGUGUCAGCAGGUGACAAAGCUGGCCCCCUCCAGGAGAGCCAGGAGGAGGAGGGGUGCACUGAAGAUGCAGUUGUGCAUCUGCUGUUAGUAUUUGGUGGGAUGGACACACAGGGGGAAAUAUAUGGGGACUGCAUUGUCUGUCUGCUUGACUAG